AUGGUCGGCAGCCAGGUGAGCGUCUCCUCGCUCUCCGCGCGCAUCUUGAGCGUCGCCUUCCGCUAUGCCCAGACGCUGGGAUUCGUCUGUUUUGGCAUUGAGGGCAAUCGAACGGAUGGCUGCCUGAUGGUUGCCCGGAAUCGCUACUGGUACAAGUGGUUCUGUCUGCUGUCGCGUAUCCUCAUCUGUGGCAUUUAUGUCCGCAUUAGCCUCGAGUUCAUCAACAGCUUGGACAAUCCGCAUUUGGUGAUACUCUCGUGGAUUCGGCUGAUCGGCUGCCUGAUCUGCGCCUGCGUCAUUCUGCUGAUGCAGUUCUGGUUUGGCCAACAGGUGAUCUGUGUGGUCAACAGCUAUUUGAGGCUGUUCCGGAAGGUCAACGCGCUGCCCGGCUGCCAGGAUCAGGGCUUCGGCGGCAAGCGCGAGCUCAGUCUGCUGAUCUUCAAGCUGAUGUGCCUGCUGAACGAGCUGGUCUGCGAACUUCCCACGUUCUUUACCGAUCUAAAUGGGCGUCACUUCUUGACCCUGCUCGUCGAUACAUACAUCAGCGUGAAUGCCACCAUGAUCGGGCACAUGUGCUUCGUGGGCUACCUCAGCGUGGGCGCCCUCUACGCCCGCGUCAAUCGUUAUGUGCGCCAGGAGCUGCGCCGCCAGCUGCGCGGCCUGGAGCAGCACAACGGCCAACAGCCCAGUCGGCGGCAGCUGAAGGCCGCCGGCUACCGGCUGGACGAGUGUCUGGGCAUCUACGAUGAGAUUCAGAGGGUGGGCAUCGCCUUUCAUCGGCUCAUGGAGCUGCCGCUGUGCCUCAUUCUGCUCUUCGCCUUCCUGAGCAUGACCCUCGUCUCCUAUUUCAUCAUGUUGAACCGAUUCCGUGAUGUCACCCUCUGGCUCCUUGUCGUCCGGCUCUUCAUCGACGUGGUCCUCCUAACGUUGGCCAUUCAUGGAGCCUGCAGCAGCUCGCGAGUGAUUCGCAGGCUCAGCCUGGAGAAUUGCUACGUGAGUGAACGCAACGAUUGGGACAUGAAGCUGGAGAUGUUCUUGAGUCGCUUGAAUUUUUACGAGUUUCGAGUACGUCCAUUCGGACUAUUUGAGAUAUCCAACGAGCUGAUAUUGGUCUUUCUUUCCGGCCUGGUCACCUAUCUCACCUAUAUAUUGCAGUAUGGCAUGCAAACGAAUCAGAUUAAUGGGGCUAAUACUUAUAAGUAUUGCCAGCCCGUUUGGCUGCACAUUGCUGGCCUGGUCAUGAUUGGGAGUCGUCGCCGUCUGAGCGCCUCUUGGAUCUCCGCGAGAAUCUUGCGCGUCGGUUUGAGGUACGCCACAUUUAUGGGCAUCAUCUGUUUUGGCGUGCAGUGGAAUCGCCGCGAAGGGCGUCUGGUGGCCAAGGAUUGGCUGUGGUACAAAUGGUUCUGCCUGCUGACCCGCAUACUCAUGUGUGGCCUCUAUUUCGUCCUGUACAAUGGCUUCAUCUUUGUGCUGAAAUUCUCGCAUUUGAAGCUAAUCUUCGUCUUUCGCACGCUCAUCUGCAUGGUCUGCGCUGCGGUCACCCUGCUGCUGCAGUUCUGGCAUGGAGAGCGGGUGCUUCGUGUGGUCAACAGCUUUCUGAGGCUCUAUCAGCGCGUCGAGGCGCUGCCCGGCUGCCAGGAUGUGGGCUACGGCGGCAGGUGGGCGCUGUGCCUGCUGAUCUGCAAGGUGAUCUGUCUGCUGCACGAGCUCUGCUACAUGAUUCCACAAAUGCUCGAGGAACUCGAUGCCUAUUUUGUGCUGACCACAAUUUGUGAUCUAUACAAUACGGUGAAUGCGGCCAUGAUUCUGCACAUCUGCUUCGUGGGCUACCUCAGUCUGGGCAUCAUCUACGAUCGUCUCAAUAGCUAUGUGCGGCACGAGCUGCGCCAACAGCUCGGCGAACUCGGCGUCGCCGUCAGCCGGCGGCAGCUGGAGGCGGCUGGGCAUCGCCUGGACGAGUGCCUGGCCAUCUACGAUGAGCUGCAUCAGGUGGGCCGCGCUUUCCACCAGCUCAUCGAGUUUCCGCUCUGCAUCAUUUUAAUGUUUGGCUUUGUCAGCAUGGCGCUGGCUGCCUUCCUCAUCAUUAUGGACCUAUUCGAUGGCAUUAGCCUGUGGUUCAUGGAGGUCAAGAUGUUGCUCGACAUUUUGCUGCUGACCCUCGUCGUGCACGGCGCAAGCAGCAGCUCCCGAGUGAUUCGCCGGCUCAGCCUGGAGAACUAUUACGUUAGCGAGCACAAGGAUUGGCACAUGAAGCUGGAAAUGUUCUUGAACCGUUUGAACUACAAUGAAUUUCGCGUGCGUCCUUUGGGCAUGUUUGAGGUAUCCAACGAGCUGAUCUUGGUCUUUCUGUCCGGCCUGGUCACCUAUCUCACCUACAUACUGCAGUACAGCGUGCAGUGGGAAAAUCUUUAGGCGCUCGUCACGCUGCGGGCGCACUUAUUAA